GCCCUAGAGCGCAGCGGGCCAAGGAGGUGGCGAACUGCUGCAGUUCCUGAGGAUCCGGCCGAGUGGCCCUGAGGCCGGUUUGCUACUGUCUGCUCCCCCGGGUCGCAGGCCACCAAGCGAAGGGGGCGGGUCCUCGCGUGCCAGACACGCCCCGGCCGGAUUUAUAAUUCGCCGGGCGCAGGCUCUCGGAGCUGCUGCUGCCGCGCUCUCGCUCGUCCGGGGGACUCCAGACAAGCUCCCAGCGCCUGUCUCGGGUAAACUCUAGGUGGAUCGCACGGUCGCCGAGCGCCGACUGGAAGCCACCCCUCAGCGCACUCACGCGCACCGGCACCCAAGCGCUCCCACCGCCUCUCGUGCGCGCUCGCCCAGCCAGGGCGCAGGCACCCAGCCAGGGCGCCCAGCAGCCUUCCUAUGGCUGACCUGAGCUUCAUCGAGGAUUCCGUCGCCUUCCCCGAGAAGGAGGAGGACGAGGAGGAAGAAGAGGAGGGCGUGGAGUGGGGCUACGAGGAAGGUGUUGAGUGGGGUUUGGUGUUUCCUGAUGCUAAUGGGGAGUACCAGUCUCCUAUCAACCUGAAUUCAAGAGAAGCCAGGUAUGACCCCUCACUGCUGGAUGUCCGCCUCUCUCCAAACUAUGUGGUCUGCCGAGACUGUGAGGUCACCAACGACGGACACACAAUUCAGGUUAUCCUGAAGUCAAAAUCAGUUCUGUCGGGAGGACCGUUGCCUCAGGGGCAUGAAUUUGAAUUGUAUGAAGUUAGAUUUCACUGGGGAAGAGAAAACCAGCGCGGUUCUGAGCACACGGUUAAUUUCAAAGCGUUUCCCAUGGAGCUCCAUCUGAUCCACUGGAACUCCACCCUGUUUGGGAGCAUUGACGAGGCCGUGGGGAAACCACAUGGCAUUGCCAUCAUCGCCUUGUUUGUCCAGAUAGGGAAGGAGCACGUAGGCCUGAAGGCUGUGACCGAGAUCCUUCAAGAUAUUCAGUAUAAGGGAAAAUCCAAAACAAUACCUUGCUUUAAUCCUAACACUUUACUACCAGAUCCUCUACUGCGGGAUUACUGGGUAUAUGAAGGCUCUCUUACUAUCCCACCUUGCAGUGAAGGUGUUACCUGGAUUUUAUUCCGAUAUCCUUUAACCAUAUCACAGCUACAGAUAGAAGAAUUUCGAAGGCUGCGGACUCAUGUUAAAGGUGCAGAACUUGUGGAAGGCUGUGAUGGGAUUUUGGGAGACAAUUUUCGACCCACUCAGCCACUUAGCGACAGAGUCAUUAGAGCUGCAUUUCAGUAGCCAGAGAGAAGAGGAAAAAGUCCAUCUUCAUCAGGGAGGAAGACAAUGGUUGUACAGUGCCAAUGGAUGAGAAAUGGAAACUUCUGAGCCCCAGCUUCUGUUAUCCUCAAAGCCUGCCUUGUUUGUCUUCAUCUAGUCCAGCUCUGAUGGACAUCUGGGACAGUUGCCUGUACACAUGCUAUAUUGAAGUAUUAGAAGAUAAAGAAAACCUCUAUUAUAUACCCAAUGUCACUGCUGCUAGUAUUCAUAUUUUUGCAUAUACUGUUUAUUGCUUAUGUGUAGAAGGAAUGAAGCUAGUUUUGAGUUGUUAUUAGUGUGAAUAUGUAUUAUGUAUUAGUAGUGAGACAGGAAAAAUACAUCCCCACCAUUAGUAGUCCUUCAUUUCCUGUCUUCAACAGAAAAAUUUUUCACUUGGACAAUAGUAUAAUUCUUAAUAAUAAAAUCAGAGAUUGCUUUUGAUCAAGAACAUAGAGCUGUAACUGCAAUGUGAAAGAUUAGUAAGAAUCAUGACUCAUGCUAUUUUUCAGCACCCUUACCAGAAUUAAUAUCAGGCUGCUGUGUCAUGAAAAACAUUUUGAGAGUAAAUGCAACAAUAUAAUAUGUUAUAUAUUAUUUAGUUAAAGGAUUUAAUUGAAUCCAUGUUUAUUUGACAGAUUUGAAGCUGUUGCUUCUAGGAAUCUGAAAAAAGUAUAAGAAAUAAAAUAGUAUAAAAAGAGGGUGGGUACAACAACCAGGAGAGCUUUAUUUUCCACAAAUAGAAAUAUGAAUUUAAUAGUAUGCUAUGUUAAUUUAGUGUACAGUUUUUAAGACUAAAAUAUUUUAUUCUAUGUAUUUCACUUCUGUAGUAUGUUAAGACAUUUCUUUUAAAUAUGACCAAUGAUACCCUUAUUUUAAGUUACAAGAAAGUUUAAGCACAUACUUAGUUGGAGUUGACAGAAAGAUAAUUUACGUGAGACAAUUUGCGUGCCCGACACAACGCAAGUACUUAAUAAAUGUUGUUUGUUGUUGUUA